AGCCCAUCAAGUCAUCAAAAAGCUCACAGUACCUGCUCGAUGCUUCCUAUCGGAAACUCAGGAGUCUUCCCCGAUCAUUUUCCCGUUCGUCCUCCGCCGACUCGAUGGCUCAGAUUCCGAAUUUGGACAAUUCUCCGAUCAAUAUCAAGUCUAUCAGGGAGCAGUCUCAGAGAGAUCUCUUGAAAAUCCUCAAAGAUAUUCGAGGAAAGAAGUGUUUGGUUAUUGAACCGAAGCUUGGUGGUUCCCUCUCCCUGAUUAUCCAGACGUCGUUUCUGAAGGAACAUGGAGUGGAAUUGCGGCAUCUUUCACCUGAGCCUGUUCAAACUGAAUGCACCAAAGUGGUUUAUCUUGUUCAUCCUCAGCGUGAUUUAAUGAAGAUCAUUUCUUCUCAUGUACAUAAUGAUGUUUCAAAAGGACUUCAAAGAGAGUACUAUAUUUAUUUUGUUCCUCGCCGUCAAGUUCAAUGCGAGAAGAUCCUUGAGGACGAAAAGGUUCAUAACUUGAUGACCAUAGGGGAGUAUCCAUUAUAUGUUAUUCCAUUUGAUGAGGACAUACUGUCAUUUGAACUGGAUCUUGCUUAUAAAGAAUGCCAGGUUGAUGGUGACACAGACUCUCUUUGGCAUAUUGCAAAGGCCAUACACAAGCUCGAGUCUUCUUUUGGAAUUAUACCAAAUGUGAGGGCAAAAGGCAAAGCAUCAGUGCUUGUUGCUGAUAUUCUGAACCGAAUGCAAACAGAGGAACCAGUGAACUCACUUGAUAUGACAGUACCUGAGAUUAAUACGCUAAUCCUUAUAGAUAGGGAGGUGGACAUGGUUACCCCCAUGUGUUCUCAGUUAACCUAUGAAGGGCUGCUAGAUGAGUUUCUGCAUAUCAAUAAUGGUGCUGUUGAACUUGACACAUCUGUCAUGGGUGUUCAACAAGAGGGGAAAAAGACAAAGGUUCCACUUAAUUCAAGUGACAAACUGUUCAAGGAGAUCCGUGAUCUCAACUUUGAAGUUGUUGUCCAGGUCCUACGUCAGAAAGCAACAUCCAUGAAGCAGGAUUAUACUGAGAUGACUACUACCAACCAGACUGUUUCUGAACUCAAGGACUUCGUUAAAAAGCUCAACUCAUUGCCUGAAAUGACUAGACACAUAAACCUUGCUCAACAUUUGUCAACCUUCACAUCGAAGCCAUCUUUUCUUGCAAAACUUGACAUGGAGCAUACGAUGGUUGAGGCCCAGAGUUAUGACAUAUGCUUUGAAUAUAUUGAAGAAAUGAUCCAUAAGCAGGAGCCUCUUGUCAAUGUCCUCCGCCUUCUCAUCCUGUUUUCUGUUACAAAUUCAGGGUUACCCAAAAAGCAUUUUGACUAUUUGAGGAGGGAACUACUCCAUAGCUAUGGAUUUGAGCAUAUGGCUACUCUAAAUAAUUUAGAAAAAGCUGGAUUGUUCAAAAAGCAGGAGGCAAAAAGCAAUUGGCAGAUGAUCAAGAAUACUCUGCAACUUGUUGUGGAGGAUACUAACACAGCGAAUCCCAAUGAUAUUGCCUAUGUGUUUUCUGGAUAUGCACCUCUCAGUGUUCGCAUAAUACAUCAUGCUGUUCGAUCUGGAUGGUAAGAUUAACUCAACUUGUAAGUUCAUACUAAUUUCAGUGGUGAUGUGGAAACAUUUAUUUGAGCAUUUCAGUCAAACUGUAAUUCUUGCUUAAGGAGCAGUUACUUGGUAGGUAUGAUCCUUUUGUUAAUAAAUGAGGUUUCUUAAUGUUUGAAAUUAAAGUAUCUUUUUGGUAAUUUUACCUUGUAUUUAUAAUAGAAUUAAUGCUAGGAUUUCCUGGCCAACUCUGCCCAGUCAUCUGAUUGGGCACACCCUUCUAGUGAUUUAUGUCUCAACAUAAAAGACUAUUUUAUUUGUUACUUUGCUUUACCAUCUUGAAGAUUUAAGUAAACAAUAAAUCAUGUUUGAAUUUUGAAGGGAGAUGAAAACUUCAGUGGUGAGCCAAUUUCUUAAAUUAAAUAUGAUAAUGUAACUUUGCAGGCGUCCUAUGGAAGCAGUUUGGAAGCUGUUGCCAGGGCCGCAAAUGGAAACAAAGAGGGGCAGUGUUCCAAGCAAUCAAUCAUUUGAGUCAUUGCAAGGUGCCACUAUUGACAAAAUAGCUGAUGGGAGGCGUUCCCUGGUACUUGUUGUCUUCAUUGGAGGGGUGACAUUUGCAGAAAUUUCUGCUCUUAGAUUUCUUAGUGCUCAGGAAGGAAUGGCCUAUGAUGUGAUUAUUGCAACGACAAAAAUUGUCAAUGGUCAUACCCUGGCUGAGACAUUCUUGGACACGUUUGGCUGACUUCGGUAUCAUUUGUGACCAUUACAUCCCUCCUUUUGUCAAAACCUAAUUUUCAUUUCACUUCCAUCUUUGCUCGUGGCUUCCACCAGUCAAUGCUCGGAACGACGAACCAAAAGAAUAGCUUUAGAUGAAUCAAUGUUUUUUUGUUUUUCUUUCCUUUUUUGGGCUUUUUUCUUUUCUUUUUUUUUUUUGGUGUGUAACGAACUAUUAUUCUAUUUGGCAUUUUGCAUUUCGUUCUUGAGUGUCUAAAAACAAAUGCCUGGAACAGAGAUGAAUUUAGCUGAGAGGUCGAGUGAUUAAAUGUUGAACUAUCAAAUUAUUGAGCAAGAAGAAAACAACUUGUAAGAAAAGAAUGAGUUUUUA